AUGACGGCACCGACAGGGCUGGCCGCCCUGGCAAGCUACGAGGACAGCGGAAGCGGCAGCGAUGUGGACACCGACGUCUCCGAUGGCCAACUGCAGGCCUCCAGCCCUCCAACGUCCUCCAAGGUCUCAUGUGCCUUCGAGGCUUUCCGACGCUUCGAUGCUGGUGCUGAGCUCCAUGGAAGUCAGGUUCUGGGGCUGGCAGAUGAGGCCUCGGAUGUGGAUAUUUUAUCAUCCAAGCCUGUCCAUCAACUUCUUAAGGCUCUGCGCAACCAGAAGUUGCAGGAUUUCGAGCUAUCAGAGUCGGUUAUGGCUGCAAGGAUACCUCGAGUGAUUGUGAGGCACAGACAAACAGGCCUCCUUCUUGACGUGGUGGAGUCCUGCCGCGACCCUUAUGCGCAUGCCAAAGAUGCGCUGGUGCGCAGUUGGUUGGACUUGGGCGAAGAUGUUCGUGAGCUGGCUCUUGACAUAAAGGCUUUUGCCAAGGCAUACCAGAGUCAACUACCCCGGGAACAAGGCUACCCCAACACGUUCCUCCUGCUGCUGUCGGGGUUCUGGUGGCUAGCCACACAUCAAGGGCUUAGACCUGGCGAGAGCCGCGCAGAUUCGAUCGAAGGUCGUUGCAAGGAGUCGAGAUCGGAGUUAUUCCGAGGUUGGCUGGACUUCGUUGCAGCCGAUCAUCCCAGAGUCAUGAACUUGGCUCAGAACGGUACUGGUGGGCCAAUUCGCGAGUCCAGUGAAGGGCGAUACUGGCAACUUGUGGAGCCCGUGUCGGGGAGGACGGCGUGUUCUCUCAACCGCAAGCAAGCUGAGCAGCUAGCGGAUCAAGCGCGGAAAGCUGCGGAUAUGUCGGACGGAAAUGAGAUCUCCCGGCGAGAGCUGGAGCGGCAGAUCCAAGAGCUCCGCCGAGACAAGGUGAAACUGGAUGACAGCAUUCGAAAAAUGGAAUCCACCCAAAAGCGCAUUUUUGGUGAAGAGGGGGAGAGAACGAGAUUAACGGCACUUCACGCCCAAGAUGAAAAGAAAGAAGAUGGCGACCAGGAAGCCGGAGAAGACAAGAAAGACGAGGACGACGACAAGAAGGAAGAUAAGAAGGAGGAGGAAAGCGAAGAGACCAAGAAACGUAAGCGUGAGGACGAUAUCGAACGCCGAAAAAAGGAGGGACGGCCGACCAAAGCUGACCCAAGAAGCCGCAACCUCUUUGGGAAGCUGUUGGGCCAUCUUCACUCUGCGAAAGACAGGUUGCAGAAGGAGAAGACGAGCAAGAUGGGCGAACUUCAGCAGAAGGCCCUGAGCAGAGUGGAGGACAAGGUCAACCUCAACAAGAUGAAUAUCAAGGAGUUCAGAAAAGGACAGUUCGAGAAGCAGCUGCAAGAGGAGCAGGCGAAGGCAGCAGAGAUCGAGAAGCAGAUUGAGGAGAAGGAAGUUCUUCUGCUGCAGCGCCGCCUUGAGAACCACUACUCACUGAUGAUGAACUUCAUCAGGACAGAGGUGCAGCCUACCAUCUUCUUCCUUCCGAACAAGCACACCCGUGACACUGAGAAGCAGCUCGAAGAGUCACGCGAUGCACUGAAGAACAAGAUCGCCACGCUGAGGAUGCAAUUCCGCCAGGAGGCUGCCAAGGCUGCUGCAGCAGCGGAGGCCGAAGCCAAG